AUGUCCACUCAGAACCAGCAUCACCAACCACCAACCACCGCACAAUCGCAACACGUUUUCUCGAUAUCAUCAUCCGAUGGUAUAUUCAACGUGAGCGGUAACGUGGCGAACAUCACCGGUCAGUCGGGUGCCGGCACGGACAGUACAGAAGAUGGACCGGAUAUAGUGGAGUUGCCG